AAAGUACAAAGUACUUUCUCAAGUGUGCAUUUCUUAGAGUAAUUUACUUGACUAAGACUCAAACAAGAAGUUUCCUUGCAACCAAACGGAAAACGCAUGGAUUUUUUUUAAAAAAGCUCAGAAAAGACCAAGACUCCGUUUAGAAUAAUCUAUAUAAAUAGAGACCAAAACAAUCUAAAAAUGGGAUACAAACUGAUACCCAGAUCACGACUUAACUUCAAAGACAGUAAACAGUUUUGAUUGAGUUGUGUGUCUGAAACAGAAAAUGGAGGUGAAGCCGGUGGUGGCAGUGGUGACACAGAAGCUGACAGAUACGCUGAAUGAUGAAUCAGUAGCUGAUAACAAAGUUAUGAUGCAUCAACUGAAAGGGGUUCAGAAGUCUCUUGGGAAGCUGCAAAGCUUCUCCAAAGAAGAUGACGUUUGUGAUGCAUCCCAGAGGACAAAAGACCAUCUUCAUGUGGUCUAUCAGAUCGAGGAUGAAGUUGAAAAGUUCACCUUCACAGUUGCUCGACAGAGAAAGAUAUUUGGUUUCUUAAUGAAACAUACAUUCUUCUUCAAUAAUCUCAAUUCUUGUAGUAGGCUAAAACGGAAAAUAAAGAAAAUCCAGUUAAGUAUUUCCGGUUCAGCUGAAGAUGUCAUUACUCCGUCCUCGGCUUCUAGGGGUAAUCGAUGGGAGCAACGUAACUCUCCCACAAGCAGUUCUGAUGAAGAAGAUUGUAACGAUGAUGAUGAUGGAGGUUUCUACGAUGAAACACAUGUGCUGACACAAAAGAGCUCAUCGUCUGUUUGGCCGAUUUCGGAAAUCCCAAGCACCCCGAGUCCUACUCGGGGGGUUUUGACUCGAUCAUUCACCAUGAUCCCACAUCUUCAGGAGAAUGUGCAACAACGCAAGAAGCUAACGUUCAGCUAUUCUUAUAAUGAAGAAGAGAUGGAUAUUGUAGGUUUCAGAGAAGAGCGUCUUCAGCACCCAAAACAGAUGUCGAAUUUCUCUUACCAAGAAGAAGAUCUGGGCCUUUUCGGGCUGAAUGAUGAUAUCAAGAGCCUAGUGAAUCGGCUUACGGAAAAGUCUGUUUGUAGACUUAAUUAUGAUUUCAAAAAUCCAGUGAAACAACGACGGGGAAUGUUUAUCCCAAUUGUUGGUGAGGUGGGUUCUGGAAAGACCACCCUUGCUCGUGCAGUCUAUAGAAACAGAAAGAUCAAGGAUCACUUUGAAUUUCAUGAUUGGAUUUCCGUGAUGGAAGAGUAUACUGCAGAAAGGAUCUUGCUCAGCAUGUCGAAGAAGGUCAUUACGGAAAAGGAUAAUGGACCAAUGAGCCCAAAGGAUCAAGAACUAAAAAGCAGAGUCUUUAACCACCUCAAGGGUAAGAGGUACCUGAUUGUGCUGGAUGGUGUUGGGAAUUCUGGUCUGGUGGAAAAUCUGAAAGACGCCUUCCCAGAUGAAAAUAACGGAAGUAAGGUACUUUUCACAUCUCGUGAAGUUCGGAGAUGUCCAGGUCAGCAUAUUAUGGAUCAGCUAAGCGAAGAGAAAAGCUGGAAUAUGUUUCUGAAAGAGGCUGGAAAGGAAAAGAAGGCUGAUAAAAUCGAACUGAGGUUGAAAUAUAGGAUCUUGGAAAUAUGCAGAGGUCUGCCUCUCAAUAUUGUCCUAGUUGGUGCACUGCUCUCGACUAAGAGAGUAACUAGAUGGUCCUCGGCAAUUUCUCGUGGCAAUUGUUCUGAUGAAGUUCUGUCCCUCUGUUAUAACGACCUGACCACCCACUUAAAGCUUUGCCUGUUAUACCUGACUCUUUUCCCAAAAGAUUAUGACAUUCCAGUACGGAGGCUGCUGAGGCUAUGGCUUGCCGAGGGGUUUGUGAUGAGAAGAUCCCAACAGCCAUUUCCUGAGGAUUUGGUACAGAAAUAUUUCGAAGAAUUGGUUCAAAGAAGUAUGAUUCAGAUAACCAAACUGAGGUCCGACAACAGCCCUAGACACUGUCGUUUAGUUUCUGUUCUUCAUGACUAUCUGCUGCCAAGAGCCCAGGAUAUCAGCCUUUUCUACAUCCACCGCAAUUUGGAGCACAGUGAAGAUGCUGCAAGUCCCUUUGGUGUACGUCGGAUGGUUCAGCACAUGAGCACCACUGGAGCCCUGACCACCAACACAAGGGGACGUGCCAUUAUCUCUUCUGCAAGUUCCCUUUCUUGUGGCUGUUUGAGUUGUCGAGAAGACACACCUACUGAUAUGGCUACUUCACAUUCUAUCCCUCCAGAUCUCCAGCAAUCACAGGUUCAGAAUUCUACUUUUGACCCUUCUCUUGUGAGGUCUUAUGUGUCCUUUAACUUCCAACGCAAGGACAUGCCAGCGAGAGAAGUAGGUAUGUUUUUGGGUAGAAUCAUCAACAGUGACUUUCGGUUAUUGAGGGUGCUUGAUCUAGAGGGUGUGAACAAACCUACUCUCCCGGAUAAGCUUGGCCAUUUGCGUCUUUUGAGGUACCUGGGACUGAGACGAACAUACUUGGAGAGUCUACCUGAAUCAGUGGGCGACCUAUCUUAUCUAGAAACGCUAGAUGUAAAGCACACUCGUGUAGAUAGUCUACCUGACUCCAUUUGGAAGCUCAAACAGCUUCGUCAUCUCAAUCUGAAUAACAUUCGACUUGCCAUGCCACCUAGCAGUUCUUUAACUCUCCUCACCCUAUGGGGAUUGGUUUUAGAUGAGAAGAUAAAACCAAAUGAAGGUUUGGGCAAGUUGCUUGAUCUUAGAGAGUUGGGUAUUAAGUUCAACUUAAGCACAAGCCAAGGUGUUUUGCUUGACUGGGUUGCUAAGUUAGAAAAUCUUCAGUCUUUGCGGUUGACAUCCGUAGAUGAGAUGGGUCGCCCUUCGAAGCUAGUUUUGAAGCCACUAGUGAACUUGGACAAACUUUCUCAUCUUAAUCUGUAUGGUCACUUACAAAGAUUACCCUAUCCAAAGGAAUUCCCGCCAACAGUUAAGGUUCUCACCUUAUCAAUUUCUCAGCUAAGCAUGGAUCCAAUGGAGACCCUGGAACAACUACCUUGUCUGAUUGUGUUGAGGCUCUUGGCCAAGUCAUUCACAGCAGAAAGAAUGGCUUGCCAUCGAGGAGGAUUUAAAAAACUUCGGGUUUUGAAGCUGUGGAUGCUGAUGGAGUUGGAGGAAUGGGAUGUAGAGGAAGAAGCAAUGGAGAGCCUCAAAGAAUUAGACAUCAGAUGCUGCCAUAAGUUGAACAAUAUCCCUUGUAGACUACUGCAAAAACAGAAAUGCCUGGAGGAAUUAAUACUGACAGACAUGCCCGAUGAAUUUGUAGCCCAGACCAAGAGAAAGAAAUCCAAGGACACUUCUCUCACAAUCAACCCUUGGAAAUUUGCUCCCUAGGCUCUCACGUAAGCCAGUCUUGCAUUAGUUAGAAAGCUCAAACCUGCCAUCAUGAAGUGCUAAAACUCGUUAGUUAUUCAGCAGAAAUAUUCAUUGUGCAUACAUCUUCUCGAAGCUCUCGUGUUUUGUUACUGUUUCUAGUCCUUUUACAUUCCGGAUGUAUGAUAGUUCCAAUCUGUGGUUUUAUAGUUCAACCAAAUUGUUUGUACUAAUGAAUCCAUGGCUACUCCGAAGGAAAGUUAAACAAGAAGCAAAUUGUCUUUAUUUGUAAAAUUAUUCAUCUUUUUC